GUUCCUCUGUCCCUGCGCCAGUUCGAUUCCCACCUUCGAGUCGACUGGAUUCGACAUGUCUGUGGUGUAUUCGAGAAAGUACAACUCUUGUGCUCCAAAUCCGCGCAAUCGCGAUUAAUUUAAACCAGCAAUUACGGUUUGAUCAAGCUCACGCCGAACUAGCGUCUGCUUCUUCCUCUUCGAUUUUUUUGGUACUGACUGUACGGUCUCGCGGCCGUUAUCCCUCUAUGGGGGUGUUUUGUAAUCGACAGCCCGUCAGUUGAUAUAUUCAGGAUUAUUGGUGUCCAUGAACUGCGGAGAUUCACUUGUGUUCCCUGGUGUUGACUGUUUACGCGAUUGGAAUUUACGGAGCUAGCGGAAUCGUUCUGCUGUCGUGUCUCCCAAGGACUCGAUUUGACCUCGAAGAAGACGGUUCAUUGCGACUCUAGCAAUAUCUUCUCGGGAAACAAUCAGCGUAAUUGGCUAGGAUGAAGUGAUUGGAGUACUGGAAACAUUGUUUUGAGGAAAUUCUUUCGGGCAACAUGAAGAGGAUCAUGUGCGGGGGGACUCUGGUGUUCCUUGUGGUGAUUUUGGGAUUGAGAGUGAAUUCAGCACCUACUCAUGUGCCACACAAUUUACCUACUGACCAGUGUGAUUGGAGUGGAAGUGGUGGUGGCGGCAGAGAAGUUCGUCCAGUUUAUUUACGAUGCUCACGUGGUACCGUAUCUUGGCGUUACCCCCGGGGUGCACUGAGGGUGGUACUGUCUGGUGGUGGUGACGGCAGGAGUUUUCGUGGCUGUAUCAAAGUAACAGGCCCAGCUAGAGUUUACCUCGAGGGUAAAGGCACAUUGAGACCGGUUUAUGCGCCAGGAGAUGGUGAACACGAGGCACUACAUCGUUGCUUUCACUCGAGGGGACAGCUUGCCGCCCUAUACGUGGAGGCGGAUGAGCCCACGCCCGGUCAUACCACUGUUAAACUGCGCUAUGAUCUUGAACUCGAGUCUGUCGACGAGAAUGGAAAAAUAGUCAGGAGGAAUGAUGAGGACGAGUGUAGGCCAUGCACUAAGGAGGAAUUAGCUGAGACUUAUUGUAAGAGUGAUCUCGUUGCUAGGGGUACAGUUAGUGCUGUUGAGAGACGACAGGAUCUUGAUGCUGCGGAACUUGUCCUCAGAGUUACCAAGACUCUCAGGCGGGUCGAGGAGAAUGAGGAAAACGAAGUAGACUCUGGUGAUCUUGGAGUCGAGAGGGAGAUCAGGGUGCGUGUAUCCAAGGCCUGCGAUGCUCGUCAUGGUCAUGGGGAAUUUGUGAUAAUGGCAAAGAAGAGGCUUGGGGAUCUGACAUUGGCUUGUGCCCCCAGGCUUGAAGCCUGGGCUGAGGCUGUCAGAGAACUCCAGAGCGCGCCCUGUCUCCUCAGGAGUUAAUUCCAUCCUAAACUAUGUCGAUUGCGUUCAUUUGGAAAUGUGUAAAGAGAGUGUAUAUAGAUGAUAUAUUUUUGUUGAUUGUACAUAACGAGAAAUUAACUUGACGAUAAGAUUUCGAUCUCUAAACUGUGAUAUUAAUUGUUUGUAAGAUGUUUGAAAGAUGAAUUUAUGAUUGAGAGAGCUUUGUACAAUAAAAGAGAUGAAUUUACUGAAAAA